UCAGCUCACAUUCCAUUCAAUUCCUUCACUCUACACAUAACACAACAAAUAAAUUCCUGAAAAUAUUCCCCAUAUAGAACACACAUAAUUUUCGAUACCUGAAAUUUCUUCACGAAAUUCGCUGCAAAUGGACAAGGAAGCUGAACAGCUGAUCCUGCAAUGUACUCUGGAAAGCAUUGGAGUAGGUGAAUUCGAGUCGGGUUACUGCCUGUCUGGAAAGCCCAUUCUGCCGCCUGUGAUGAAUGACUUGAAGCGCCUGGAAAUGAUGCGUCUACGCUUGUGCGCCUUGACCCGAGAAGCAAUCCUGAAGAGGGACAAGUUGGACAGACAAGUAGAGCGCAGGAAUGCCGAAACCAAUACAGAAGAGCCCCUGCGAUCUGCGAACUUAGUCGUGAUGGGAAACCUUCGCCACAAGUUGGUGCAAUCGAAGACCUUGAUCUACGACCACACCGCCGACUUGAUAACGCAGAUCUCUGCCCCCCAGAAUGUUCCCAUCAUGAAGCUCUCUCAACUGGUAAUGGAGGAUCCCCAAAUGAUGCCCCCUCAGCGAGCUGUGAUCAGGGUUGCUCCUGUGAAGCUGGCCACCUCGGAGAGUGGAUCGGUAUCGAGACUGGAUCCGCUUCAGAUCAAGAGUCCGGAGAGAAAAGAGAAGGCGGUGGAACCUCUGCAGCGCAGCACCACGAACCCGGAUUCCCUCAGGCUGCACCACCAGCUGUGGCGAAGGAACCUGCUGCCGAGUCCCAUGAUCGAGCUCACCGUGGCUCUCAAAAGCGAAACGAAUAUCUGCAGAGCUCGAAGGCGACCGUCGAAGGACUCCGUGACAGGCGAAAGAUUGCCCAGCAGGAUUCCCAGGCUCAUUCCCAUCCAGAUGCCUAUCAUUCCAAAUUUCGAAGCCAAAGCGGCUCCAAAACGCGCCAAUCAGGUCAGGAAAAAGGAGGCUCCGACUCCGAAGAAGAAGCCUCCCACGAAACCCCCAACCACCGCCCACUUGAAUGUGCCGAAAAUCAUCAGGACCCCAGUGGCGGCCAACAGAAGACCAGGAUGCGGGGAAAGCGAGCUGCAGAUCCAGAAAAACCGCUUCAAGAAGCUGUUCCUCCAGCAGGCGGAGGAGAACCGGCGGAUGCAGGCCGAGAUGCAACAGGAGCAUCAGAGACUCGUCACCCAGAUGUUGCACGAACUGAACCUCGCCGUGGAAGGCGCGGAUGAUCCCCAGUUCGUGGAAAGGUUCUUGGGGAUGGACACCGAUCUCCAGUGAAUCCAAUCGUGUCCAAAUAUGAAUGUCAAAAUUGAAUCGUUGAGCCGCGAAUGCACUGACAGAAAAACGGAGGGGAACAGAAACAGACGGGCAAACAUAUUCACCAAUCUUCUGGCAAGAAUUUUCAAUUCUCCUCUUUCAGUUGAAGUUGAAAAUUCUUGGUCAGAGCAUUUCGGACUGAAAGCAUUGGCACUUUCAGCUCGGGCAAUAAAUGUAUUCAUUUUUAGUUUUUGGGUGUGGCAGGAGUCGGUGUGUAUCUGUCUGUAUGUAUUUCUGUGGUCUGUGCCCCCUGGUCUUUUAUUUUUAUAAUACCGAAUAAUACCUUCAUAAAAUAUAA